AGUCCGCAUAUCGUUGUGUGAAUUGAAUGCAUUGAAUGAAUUUCACAGACACAACUGUCUGACCUCUCCACCACAGUAUAAUUAAGCUUGAUUUCCACUCACACCACUCCGUUUUGCCCCCAUUUAGCUAAACCACGCCUCUUAUCUAUUGAUUAAAGUGUAAACGGAGAGAAUACGGAGUUCGUACGUGGAAAUCAAGACUUACUUCGAGAUUGUUUAACGAACGAAUUUAUUGAUCUCUCUUGUCAUCGAUGCAAUAUUUUUCAAAUGGAGAGAUUUCCAACUUUGACGUCGAUUCAGAACGAUUCAGAAACUAUCCUUUCGUUAUGUGUGAAAUGCCUAAGUUCGGUUUCGACCUGAGCCUGAUGUGAUCAAUUUUGACUAGACCUGAAUUAACCUGAAAUGUAUUAAUCAGGAAAAACUGACAUGAAACCUGACAGGAAAUGUGAUUGCCAUGGCAUACGGUUCCGGUUGUGGAUGGCCCUCAGCUGCAUACUCCGUAUUGAAUUCCAACGACGAAACGCCGUUACAUACCGGUUCGAUGAACGUGGAGGAACUGUCUUGGAUGGUUUCGUUAAUGUGCGUCGGAGGUUUCGUCGGAAAUAUAUUUUAUGGAAGCAUCACCAAUCGCUACGGUCGAAAAUUACCUCUACUUUCACUCGCUCUGCCAAUGACGAUCAGUUGGGGCUUGAUUAUCUACGCAACGAGUCCAGUUUAUCUGUAUGCUGCUAGAAUGUUGUGCGGCUUUGUCGGUUCUGGUGCAUUCAUCUUUCUUCCGCUAUUUGUAGCUGAAAUAGCCGACGACAGCAUUCGAGGCUCGUUGGGAUCGUUGCUGGUUUUAUCCUGCAAUAUUGGCAUACUGAUUGCUUUCAUAUGCGGCAAUUAUUUGCAUUACACCGUUCAGCCGGUCGUUCUUGUGUCGCUGCCAAUAAUCUUCUUCGUGACAUUUUCAUUUUUCCCAGAGUCACCGCAAUAUCUAAUGAAAGUCGGAAAGGAAGAGGAAGCGGAGAGGUCAUUGCGAUUUUAUCGCAACGUAGGACAAACGACAUCGGACGAAACUGAACCAUUCAAAACGGAACUGGAAAAGCUACGAAUGAGCAAUCAAGUUCUGAAGAAAGACAACGAAAACACGUCAAUCACUUGGUCCGAUCUGACCUCGGUGUCAGCGAGGAAGGCUAUUACGAUUGGAGUGGUUCUGGUGUGGUUGAAUCAGUUCUGCGGAUGCUUUGCCAUGUUAAACUAUACAGCAAACAUUUUUGCCGAGGCCGGAUCGAAUCUAACACCGAAUGUGUCCGCAAUCAUCGUGGGAGUAAUACAAUUAUUCGGAGCGUACAUGUCAACGUUUUUGGUCGAUCGGGCCGGAAGAAAGAUGUUAUUCACAAUUUCGUCGGGCGGUACAGCUAUUGGGUUAACUUGUCUGGGCACCUACACAUACCUUGGAACACUUGGCUUCGAAAUGGAUGGCUGGUCAUGGAUCCCGAUUGCUUCGUUUUCGUUUUGCCUUUUCAUUGCGUCGUGGGGUGUUUUAACACUUCCGUUUCUAGUGAUUUCUGAGCUGACACCGGAAAAGAUUCGGGGUGUAGGCACAUCGAUCUGCAUGGCACUACUGUGGAUAUUCGCCUUUCUGAUGAUCAAAUACUUACCAAUUUUGAGUGGUGCAAUUGGCAUGCAUGGAUGUAUGGCAUUCUUUGCCGGCUGUUCGUUCGCUGGCUGUCUAUUUAGCAUUUUCGUAUUGCCCGAAACGAAGGGAAAAAGUUUUGAAGAAAUUUUAAGAAUGCUGGAAGGAUAAGGGCUACCAGUCAGUUUUAUAGUGUUGUGUGUGUGUGUGUGUAAGUCAAUGAGGGAUUCUAUUUUGCUGUUGAGUCUACUAUUCGGUUAUGUUGAUCUGUACAUUUCUUGUUGAAAGGAAAUUAAAGAAUUUUUUUGUUACGUA